AAAAAAAAAAAAACCUUCAAUCCCAGACACGAUCCAACUUGAUUAAACAGAGCAAAGCGAAGCAAAACAAUAAAAACGAACCAUUGCAGUCGAGGUUAUUUUAUUGUGUGCACCGCAACGAGAAAAGGGCAUCCAUUGUCGCCCAAAAAGACCGGCUACCUAGAAGAGAAUCAGUUCUUCCUCCCUCUGGCGACCAACGCGCCCAAAGCCGUUGAAAUGUUCCGCACCUCAGCAUCCGCGCCCGCUUCCACCCUCUUAUUCCUCCUCCUCCUCCUCCUGUCGCUGCUAUCCCUUGCCUCCGCGCAAGAAAUCUACCGCGACUCAGGCAGGUACGCCUACCAGGGCUGCAUCACCGAGACAACCGACAUCGCCAACUCGAGCAGACCCCGCGCCCUGCCCGGCAGCGCCCUGGUAGACGAGCAGGGCAUGACCGUGCCCAUGUGUCUCGACUUUUGCGCUUCCGGCGGUGAAACGGGCACAAGACAGUAUCGCUAUGCGGGGCUGCAGUAUUCGCGUGAAUGUUGGUGCGCCCAGCUCGUCUCGGAUCUGAGCCGGACCGUGGACGAUGGCCAGUGCGACCUCGCUUGCGCGGGCGACGCGGAUACCAUCUGCGGCGGUAAUAUGCGCAUCACUCUGUACGCGGUCAGCGGCGCUGCUGCCGCUGCGUGGACUCCGCUGCUAGUUACGCUGGGGGUUGCCGUGGCGGUUUCUGUUCACCUGCUUUGAACGUUGCGGUUGUGGACGAAGAUUCUUGGAUGGGCGGACUGCUGGCUGCUGGUAGUAUGGUCAUCUUUACGUCUGUCUUCAGUUGAGGCGUCUGCAAUGGGAGAGCGAGCGAUGGCGUUUUCCGUCUGCAUUUCUUUCUUCUUUUUUUGUCUCUUUUUCAUUCUCAUUUCUUUUCCCAGAUACCCGAGAUGCCCAACCAAGUGCAUGCUCUGACGAAUGAUCUUGGCCACACGGCACAUUCUCUCCUAUCUUUGGUGGAACCAAUAUUUACUGCUGUACGACAUCAAUUGCACAAUACAAUACAAAAAGACAAU